UUAAAGACCCAAUAGCCCAAUAUUGAAUCAAACCGCAGAUCCCCUUUCUUCCUCCAAAAUUCAGGUCACAAACCCAAACUUCUCACCCGUAUCUAAAAAGUUCUCGUGGUGUAUAGUCCUAAACUAGUACACGACAGAAUCAAACCUGUUUGAAGUAUUUAGCACGGAUCCAAACACGAGAGACAUCCCAAGGAAUCUGAUUCUCCAAUGUUUGUCUAGACAUAAGAUGCGUUGAUGGUAAAGAAGAAACGAUACGCACAUCAGAUUCACAGGGUUUUACUUCUUUUUUUGGUAAGAUUGGAUUUUUCUCUCACCCCCAUUUCUUAUUCCAUGCUUCUUAGAUCGUUAAUUGAAUCUGCAUCCCGCAGUGAUCAUUCUUUAAUUUACGAAUUUGUUUUUGUUGUCUUGUUGUCGAUUUUUGUCAAUUUUAUUGUGUAAUUUACCAAGUGUAAAUUGUGAUUGAAUCGAUUGGGAGGGCAUUGCGAGGAGACACAAGAUCUAGGAUUUCCUUUAUUUAGAGACGAGGGAUUCUAUGGCUAACACUGCCUGCUUUAUCAUUGUGGGCCGGAAUGAUAUUCCCAUCUAUGAAGCUGAAGUUGGAUCUGCUGCUAAAAGAGAAGAUGCUGCACAGUUGCACCAAUUUAUAUUACAUGCAGCGUUAGAUGUUGUCCAAGACCUAGCAUGGACUACAAGUGCCAUGUUCUUGAAGUCAGUGGACAGGUUUAACGAUCUGGUUGUGUCAGUAUAUGUUACCGCAGGCCAUACCCGACUGAUGCUCCUUCAUGAUUCACGGAAUGAGGACGGCAUCAAGAGCUUCUUUCAAGAGGUGCAUGAGCUUUAUAUAAAGAUUCUUCUGAAUCCCUUGUAUCUUCCUGGUUCUCGGAUAACGUCGUCACAUUUUGACACCAAAGUACGUGCACUUGCAAGAAAGUACCUGUAGAGAAGACGGAGAUUCUGUUUGCAUUUGGUGAUCAAAUUUUUCUUGUACCCAUAUCGCAUAGUUCCCAAGUCAAUUGUUUCUGUUUUCUUUUUGAGUGCCUGGAUUUCUGUUAUUUCUAACUUGCAAGCAACAUUUUAAUAAGAAUGGGAUUCCUUGUUUAGUAUGAGUAAUGAAUGAUCCAUUCAAUCCAAAAUAAUUUCAUCUUUGGUUGUUAUUAUAAAGUCUCUCUUUUCCUCA